AUGAGCCCUACUGCCGACGCUGCAGCAGCAGCAGCACCACCCCCAGGGCCAGGGGAGGAGCCCGUCGUCGUCAUCAAACGGAGCGUCAUCACGCACGUCUUCUUCGCGUUCGCCUGCGCCGCGACGGUGGCCCGCGCCUUCGAGGCCGGCGUCGUCUCGAGCGCGAUGCCGCGCAUCGCCGCGAGCCUGCGCCUCGACUACGCGCAGGAGGGCGUCGUCGCGGCGGCGCCCGACUACGGCAUCGUGCCCGCGGGCAUCAUCGCCAUGGCGCUCUUCGAGCGCGUGCGCGCGCGGAAGGUCCUCGUGGGCGCGUGCGCGCUGCCGGCCGUCGCUGCGGCCGCCGCGGCGCUGCGGCCGAGCUACCGCGCGCUCGUCGCGGCGCGGGCGCUCGGCGGCCUCGGCUGGGGCUGCGCCGCGGUGCACUUCCCCGCCUGGGUCGACGCGAGGGCGCCGUCGAAACGCAAGCCGCUCUGGCUCGCGCUGCUGAACGUCUGUUUGCUCGGCGGCAUUCUCUGCGGCUUCGCCAUCGGCAGCGCCGUGAGCGCACCCUGGACGCGGCUCUACCUCGUCGAGGCCGGGCUCAUGGCGCUCGCGGCCGUCUCCGCGGCGUGCUUCCCGGCCGAGAUCAUGGACGUGGCCCGCACCGGCGAGGCGCAGCGCCUGCUCGGCGCCGCGGCGCCGCAGCGGUCCGGCCUCACCAAGCUCCGCGCGACGCUGGCGACGCCCGUCGUCGCGCGCACCGUCGGCGCGGGCGCGUUCGUCUGCGGCACGGUGGGCUUCGUGCUCUACUUCAUCAAGCAGGUCGCCGCGCGCGAGGCGCCCUCGUGGCCGACCUCGCUGCAGACGACGGCGGUGUCGGCCGUCUUCGUCGCGGCGCCCAUCCCCGGCAACCUGGUGGGCGCCUACGUCGUGGAAAAGCGGAUCGGCGGCUACGACCGCCUCGGGCCGACGCUUAGCUUCGUGAGCGCGGCGGCGCUCGGCGCCGUCGGCUGCGUCGCGCUGCUGCCGCUCGCGGGGCCGGGCCGGCCCUGGCCCUUCAUCGCGCUCUGCUGGGGCUUUUUGUUCUUCGGCGCGCUGCCGACGCCGGCGAUCAACGGCGUGGUGCUGGCGGCGAGCCCGCGCGACGCGGCGACGAUCGCGUCCGGGAUCCAGUUCGCGGCGCAGAACCUGAUGAAGGCGAUCGUGCCCCUCGUCGGCGGCCGCGUCGUCGACCGCGUCGGCCUGUUGCUCGGCUUCCGCAGCGUGCUGCUCGCGUGCGCGGCGGGCUACGCGGCUUUUGCGUUGCUCGCGCGCCGCGCCGCCGCCGACCACGUGCGCCACGAUCCCGCGCCGGACGACGCCCCGCUCGAGGCGCCGCUCUGUGGUGAUGUUGCCUAG